AUGACAUUUGCCGACAGUGAGUCGAGCACGACAGUGACAGUGAGUAAUAGCCAGGAAUCAACAACGGACGUUGAAUCACAACCUGAAAAGCAAGAGGCAAUACAUGCAAAUGGUGAAACUAUAGUGCGACUGUCGCGUUGGCGACUAGUCUGGGUUAUGAUCGGUCUUGGCUUUGCCAUUUUUCUAGCUGCAUUAGAUCAGACCAUUGUCGGAACAUCAUUAUAUAGGAUAGGUGCUGACUUUAAGGCUUUGAACCAAAUUGCCUGGGUUGCAACCUCGUAUUUGUUAACGGCUACCGCAUUUCAACCAACAUACGGAAAGAUUUCUGACAUAUUUGGAAGAAAAGCAACAUUUUUAUUUGCCAUUUUGGUAUUCGAAUUGGGCAGUUUGUUAUGUGGAUUAGCACCAAAUAUGACACUACUGAUAAUAUUCCGAGCAAUAGCGGGAAUUGGAGGUGGCGGUAUAAUAGGAUUGGUAAUAAUUAUAAUUGCCGAUAUUGUUAGUCUCGAAGAGAGAGGAAAAUACCAGGGUCUUAUCGGUGCAGUGUUUGGUAUUGCGUCGGUUAUCGGUCCUCUAUUGGGUGGGGCUUUUACCGAUCAUGUAACUUGGAGAUGGUCUUUCUUAAUUAACUUGCCAUUUGGUGUCAUUACGCUUGCCAUCGUAAUCUUUUUGUUACGACUUCCCCGGCCGCAGGGCUCGUUUUGGAAGAAACUCGGCCGUGUCGACUGGUGGGGUACCUUGUUAAUGGGUGCCGCCUCGGUUUGCUUGUUAUUACCGUUGAAUUGGGGCGGAGAUCAAUAUCAAUGGGACGAUCCGAUAAUUAUAUCGCUCUUUAUUGUUGGGGCAGUGCUAUAUGCAGCCCUAGUAUGUGUCGAGGGAUUUAUAGCUGUCGAACCCAUCGUUCCACUCCGACUAUUCAAGAGUCGGACUUUGGCAGCAUGUCUACUGGUCAACUUUUUCCAGGGAAUGGCAUUCUUGGGCGCUGUUUAUUACAUACCAUUGUAUUUCCAAGUUGUCCAUCAUGACUCGGCAACUAUUGCGGGAUUGGAGUUGAUACCAUACAUUCUUGGUGUUGUGUUCGCAUCAAUUGCAUCCGGACAAGCCAUGUCGAGGGUACCAACGAUAAGGAAACAAAUAUUCUGUAUCGUCGGCUCAGUGUUAAUUAUCGUCGGUGCAGGAUUAACAACCACGUUCGACGUUGACACUAACCGUGGAAAGCAAAUUGGGUACUUGUUCAUUAUGGGAAUUGGAGUAGGGUUGAUUAUGCAGACGACGCUACUGAUUGGUCAGGCAACUGUCGUAUAUUCGGAUAUUGCUGUUAUUUCUUCGGUUCUGCUGUUCUUUAGAACAAUUGGAUUUGUUUUCGGAGUUGCCAUAAUAGGCACUGUUUUCAAUAACGAACUCCGUCAUCAGAUUGGGUUAUUAAAUAUAGACCUCUCUUUUGACGUCCUUAAGAAGAAUCCGAAUAUCAUCACACAGCUUCCUCCAGAUGUUGAGGGUCAAGUUAUUAAUGCUUACGUGCAAGCAUUACAAUUGGCGUUUACAUGUAUAAUACCGAUGGGUGGUUUAGCCUUUUUGGCUUCCAUAUUUAUUGGGAAAAAUAAGAAUAUGGGUCGACGGCCUGGAGAGAGCGUGCCUCAACUGUAUAGAUUACACGCAUCUGCUCAUAAUAAAAUAAACGCACAAUGCUAA